UUUCUAGUCUCAUCCUCUCUCUCUCUCUCUCUCUCUCUCUCUCUCUCUUAACCCUUGGCAUCAACCACACACCACCCCACUCCCAGCAUCAAACUUUGUCCGGAGGGAGAGAGAGAGAGAGAUUAGUCAGAGAUUGACUGGUUUCUGCUUUUCCGUUUCUUGAUUGCUGUUGUCCCCAGAUUAGAACGCCAUUUCGGUUGCAACUGCCCUGCCGUCUUCCAAUCAUGGUGGUCUGGAGUUCAGGUUUGGGACCGAGAAUGGAAGCUCCUCUUGUCAAGGCUUUCUGACAUUUUUAUCAACUACUACUUGGAAGGUCGAAACUCCGAGCUCAUUUUCCAAGAAAACCCGCCAUGGAAUCAGAUCUGCAGCAGCAGCGCGACGGUCGCUCCUCCAAUUACCAACCCCAGCAACAACCGAACAACAACAACUCGGGCUUGUCCCGAUUCCGAUCCGCCCCGAGUUCAUACUUCAAGAACUUACUGGACAGCUGCGAGGAGUUCCUCAACCGGCCUUCGAGCCCCGAGUCGGAGCGAAUUUUCGCGCGCCUCAUGUCCUCCUCCCCCGCCUCUGGCGGCGGCGGCGGAGGAGGGGGAGGAAACGUUUUCGGGCCACCGAUGAAGACCGAGGCAGAGGUCCUUCAGCCAGAGCGGAGCAGCUUCUCCUCUGCUGCUUCCUCGCAAAACUUCUAUCAGGGCUCGUCUCAGCUGCAAAACCAGAGCAUGGACUACAAGGUAGUGGGCUCGAUGGGCAUGGAUCGAUCGGCGUCCCUGAAAACGGGGAACAGCAACUCCUCGAAUCUCAUCAGGCAAAGCAGUUCGCCCGCCGGAUUGUUCUCCAACACAAACAUCGAUGAUAACAAACCGAUGCAAAUAGCAGGAUAUUCUGCCUCGAGAAGCAUCGAGGAUUUCGUCGGCAGCGGCGCUGCAGGAGAGUCGUCCUUCUCUCCGGCGAGCAGGUUCAGCAACCGCAUGAACUUCUCAUCCGGGCCACCUCCUUCCUCGUCCGGAAAGAUGAGCCCGAUUACUGAACUGGGAAAGAAGAGCAUGGAUAUCAAUAGCCCGGAAGGGGGCGAUUUCAGUGAAGGCCAUGGCAACGACUACAUCACAGGUUUCCCUAUCGGCUCGUGGGACGACCCAGUUGGUCUUUCGGACAAUUUCAACCGCGGAGAUGAGGAUGAAAAGGGAUUUUUGGGUUUGAACGCAUCGGAAACUGAGGAGGGGAAAGGUAGAGUUCCUGGUCUUUUAGCUCACCACUUGAGCUUGCCGUCGAAAAGUUCCGCAGACGUGGACAAGUUUUUGCAGCUCCAAGAUUCUGUACCGUGUAAAGUCCGCGCCAAGAGGGGUUUCGCGACUCAUCCCCGCAGUAUUGCAGAGAGGGUGAGAAGAACCAAAAUCAGCGAAAGAAUAAGGAGACUACAGGAUCUUGUUCCCAACAUGGACAAGCAAACGAACACAGCGGACAUGUUGGACCUGGCCGUUGAUUACAUCAAGGAGCUUCAAGGACAGGUUAAGACGCUCUCGGACGAUCGCGCAAAGUGCACUUGUCCAAGCAAGCAACAGCUAUGACACGAAAAGGAAGGCCGAGAAGUCAGUUGUGUACAGAAUCGCAUCGCGUUUGGGAGAGGAGGAUUGAGUAGCGGUGGACAAGAACAGACGUCCCUUUCCACUGGAGAGGAAGGUAAAGCAAGGGCCACGUAUUAUUCCUAGGCUCUGCAUAAACUGGACCACCUUGGUGCCCACUAUCUGUCUACACUGCUAAAAAAAGAAGUUCAAAAUCAGUGUAUUAGCCAUAAAUUCUGGAGCUUUUCUUGUCUGAUUUCGGUUGCCAAGUUCAGCUAAUUAUGGAAACAUCUAUGUAUUGAGAUGGGAAGAGAGAUAGAGAGAGGGAGAGAUUACAAUUGCUUUUAUUCGAUGGAUUGAUAGAGAGAGUGAGAGAUUGCCAUGAAUGGUGGAGCCAUUAAAUGGAAUGGGAACCAGGUGGGGGCUACCCUUUUGUUGGGUGACUAUAAUUGAAUGCAGAUGAAUGAGUGAAAGCAGACUAAAAUUCUGCAUAAAAGUAAAGUUCCUUGCUACCUGAUGAUGAUUCAAUAUGAUGGUCGGUUUGUGGUUGGUCUC